UGGGGAGGGAGGGCUGUUUUCCUGUUUCGGGGUGGGGGUUGGGGCAGUGAGAAGGGGAUAAGGGAGGGGGGUGGGCUGCGUAGGUGGAGGAAAGGGAGGGUGGAUUGGAGUCAUCGGCGUCGGGCGACGCUUUGGGCGCCGGCAGGGGGGAGGGGGAGGGUGGCUGACGGGAGGGGGCUGGCUGGCAAUUGAAGGUAGAGGAAAGGGAGGGGGGAGGGUGGCUGACGGGUUGAAGGUGGUGGCUGGGUUUUUUUUUUUUUUUUAAACAUUUUUUUUUUUUUUAUUUAUUUUUUGAAUAAACUUAACUGGUAGCAAAUUUUAACAAAUGUGCUUUUAGAUGGUAGUAAAAUAAAAAUAAAAUUUAAAUGGGUAGCAAAAGUGAAACACAUGUGUUUUGAUGGUAGCAAAAGUGAAAUUUUCCAAAAAAUAAUAAUAACUACCCAAAUAAAUUAAAAAAAAAAAAAUUGAUACUCCAUAACUACCAAUUUUUUUUUAAAAAAAAACUGUCCAUUGUUCUGGCUAUCAUCCUUCCUCAUACAAAAUAAAAACCUUCAAAUUAAAAAAAAAAAAAUAUUAAUGUUCAUUACUCAAAAUUUCCCACUUAGAGCACUCACAACCAUGAGCAAAAUAUAUGCUCAUGGGCAUUUCUUGUGAGCAAAUAUUUUGCUCAUCACCCACAAUGGUGAGCUAAACCAAAAAUGCAAGAAAAAGCCCAUGGGCAAAAAUGAAAAUGUCCAUAGCAUGGGCAUUUCUUCUGAUGAACAGUGAUCUCGGUGGGGCCCACAAGCUGGAGGAAAGCUGGAAAAAAAAAAUACGGGUACUGUUCAUGCCAGGCUGCCAGCGAGUAGGAGCGCGACACGUGGCAUGUUCAGGGUGUUGGCCAAUGACAAAAUUAGCCGUUUUACAACGGUUAUAAUCUUCCCAUUGCAUUUUCUGAAAAAUAUUUUCAGUAAAAAAAAAAAAAAAAAAUUACCAACGGUCAUAAAAUUAAAUUCUCUAUAAAUAGACAUGCAUUUUGAUAUAUUUUGAUAUAUUUUCGAAAUCACUUAAAAUCCUCCACUUUUUUAUUUUCUUAAGCAUUUUAAAUUUGUUGAAGAGCAUUUUUGUUGCAACACACCCAUAUUGAGAAUCUUUUAAUGGAUCCAAACAACCCAAAUUUCCGCCAACAAUUUUCUGGUUUUAGUGAUGAUUUGCUAACUAAUCCCGAGUUUCAAUUGUUCUUGCAAAGAAUGGGCAAUACGUCUUUGCAACCAUCUCCACAGUAUCAGACACCCACUCAGUUUCCCCUACGAAACCAUGUUAUUGAAGAAUGUACACCUGAAACUGUACAUGAUAGCAACACACAAUUCAAUGAGAGCGAAGAGGACAGCGUACCAGAGACGCCGCAAUAUCCUCCACCAGUUCCCGAACUGAAAUCCAACCAGGUUGUUGCACGAGCGACUCGAAUUUGGUCAGUUGCGGAAGAUGAAACUCUGAUUGGGUUGUACUUGGAGAUCAGUGAGAAUGCUAUUAAAGGCACGAGCCAGAAAGCAACUUCCCUUUGGCGCGAUGUACACGCAGCAUAUCAACUUGCUCAUGCGGAGAAGCCGCAUAUACUUCCACCAAGACCUAUGAAGAGUCUGACGUCGCACUGGAGAAGGUUGGCAGCAGACACACUACAGUGGAUAUCUUGCUAUGAUGAAGCAGGUAGACUUCCGGAGGGAGGGAGUGGUUACAACGAAGCUGACCGUAUAAAAAGUGCGUCGAAGCUUUUCCAUCUCGCCCAAGGUCGUAAUUUCGCUUUUCCUCACGCUGUUGAAAUGCUUAAUAGAGAUCCAAAGUGGAGGCCAAAGCUGAGAUGGUCCUUGUCAAAGGAGGAAAGAAAAGCUGUUCGUGAUGUUGAGGAGCAAGGUAGUGCUGGAAGUGGGAAGAGGUCCAGAGAUGAUGGAGGGGAUGAAACCCCUACGGAUGGUUUUUCAUCUGGAGGAAUACAACGACUCGAAGGUGUGAAGAAAGCAAAGGCCAAGCGUAAAGGGAAAGAAGUAGCUUCGGACAGUGGUUCGUCUGAGCUUAGCGAACGAAUGAAGGAAUUGGCAACAAUUCGCGAGAGGGAGGCCAUUCUGAAGGAAGAGCGGAUCAAAAUUGAAAGGGAGAAGGAACAGAGGAAAAGGGAGGAACUUGACAUUCAUAAGAUGAAAACCUGGUUUGAUAUGGUGCAAGCUAUGAAGAAUUCGCCUACUCCACUCACUCCUGAAGAAGAGUCGUACAAGAAUUUCUUACUGGGUAAAUUACAGGGCUUAUAAGCAUGUUUGGUUGUAGUAGGUGUACGCUUGUAUUAGUUAAGUUUUUAAUUAUGCGCAAUGUAGUCUUUUAUGUUUAACAUGUAUUAGUGGUGUGUUUAAUUUCACUGUCAUAUGUAAACUUGUAUUCUGAUUUUCCAAUAUUGAAUGACAAGUUGUUUAACAAGUUGAUUUCAGUUGUCAUUGUUACCGACAUAGUUGCAUUCAAUUGUUGUCAUUGGGUAGUCACUUUUUUUCUGAUUUCACUUUAACUUUGGGUCAUUCAUGGCAACAAAAUUGCAAUAACUCUUUAUCAUUCAGUAGUCACAUUUUUGUCAUUGUGUAGUCACAUGUUUCUGAAUUAACUUUGUCAGUAUGCUUUAACUUUAGGUCAUUCAUACCGACAUGGUGUAGUCACUUUUGUUCUGAAUACACUUUGUCAAGAUUUGUCAUUGUCAACUAGCAUAGUAUACCUAUUCCGUGGCUGAAAAUUUGAAUGCUUUAGUUGGUGUGGUCAUUCAGAUUUGUAACCACAUAUUCAUUUGAUUUAUUUGCUAUAUAUAGUAGGCAUGGCACAUAUCCACAACCACACCAAUUAAGAAAAUUAUAAUAUUAAUACAUGAUGUAUUCCAGACCAUCAUCAAGUUCAAGUUCAAGUUCAUCUUCUUCCAAUAAUGAAGAAUAUGAUCAACUCGUUGAUGAACUCUUCACAUACCAACCCACAUCUUUCCUCAUGCCCCAAACACAAUCCCAACGUACUUCAAAAUCACGUAGAGGGGGUACGAACAGAAGAGAUUGGGAAAUGGGACAUGCCAGGCUGUUCAAUGAUUAUUUUUCCGAUAAUCCUGUGUACAAUACCACCCAAUUUAGAAGAAGAUUUCGUAUGCAACGACCUUUGUUUUUACGUAUAAUGAACAAGGUCGUUGAAGGUGAUGUUUACUUCCAGCAGCGUAGGGAUGCAACUGGAAAGUUAGGCAUAUCACCUCUGCAAAAAUGUACAGCCGCGAUACGAAUGUUAGCCUAUGGCAUGGCUGCAGACGCUGUUGAUGAAUACGUUCGAAUCAGUCAGUCAACCGCUCGAGUUGCCCUACAACGUUUUUGUGCCGGGGUCAUUGACCAGUUCGGAACCGAGUACAUGCGAAACCCUACAACUGAUGAAUUGGCCCGGAUACUGCAUCAAAAUGAACUACGUGGUUUUCCAGGCAUGAUAGGCAGCAUUGAUUGCAUGCAUUGGGAAUGGAAGAACUGUCCAACGGCUUGGAAAGCGCAGUACGCCGGUAGGAACAAGAAAGCAACGCUAAUACUGGAAGCCGUUGCGGAUCAGGAUUUAUGGAUAUGGCAUUCCUUCUUUGGUAUUCCCGGAUCUUGUAAUGAUCUUAAUGUGUUGUACCGUUCACCAGUGUUCGAUGAGGUUCUGCAUGGUCGAGCUCCUCCGGUAAAUUUUACGGUUAACGGCCAUGAAUACAACAUGGCUUAUUAUUUAGCCGACGGCAUUUAUCCGAAGUGGGCAACUUUUGUUCAGGGUAUCACAUUCCCUCAACUGGCCAAAGAUAAAAUGUUCGCUGACCACCAGGCUGCCGCUCGAAAGGACGUUGAAAGAGCUUUCGGUGUGUUGCAAGCUCGAUUUGCAAUAAUACGAAAACCGUCGCUGGCGUACGAUGAGGACAUACUGCGGGACAUAAUGAAAACAUGUAUCAUUAUGCACAACAUGAUUGUUGAAGAUGAGCGCCACAACUACACUCGAGCCGAAGUUCUAAGAGCCUUCUACGAAGAAGAUCAACAAGAAUCAACAUCUACAACGCCACCGUUUGAAUUCAACGUAGGCCGACCUACCAACUUUGAUUUCAACGCAUUUCUACAGCGAAAAGCUUCCCUCCGUGACAGAGAAAUUCAUCUAUCUCUGAAACGUGAUUUAGUCGAACAUAUUUGGCAACACUACGGGCCACGUAAUUAGGGAGAAAUUAGCACGACUUAAAUAAAGCCAAGUACUAUGGCGUAGCUACUUUUACUUGUUGUGUUUAUUUUAUUUCUAAGUUUAAUUACGCAUGACGUUGCAAAUGUAAUUGGUUUCUAGUAUUGUACCGCUUUUAAAAUAAAUAAAAACAUUUAAGAAAUUUUGAGCUUUUUUAAAUUUUUUUUUUUAUAUAACGUACUUAAUUUUACGACAAAUUUUAACGAUAAAAAGGACAAAAAUAAAAAAAAUAAGUUACACAAAUUUUAACUAGUUUUUAUUUAUUUGGAGUAACAUUGUUAAAAUA